ACGGAACCACUGUCAGACUUCAAGAGCGGAUGGGAUUGGAAGGAGGAGCGAUGCUCAAGGACUGGGAUGUGAUGACUUGCGAUAUGCGAUUCGCAGCGCAGGUAUAUCUGCUUCCUGAUAUGCAUCUAUACCAGCAGGAUCCGGCUGCGGUAAACGCAUGUUUGGAAGAGGUCUGCAACAAGCAUCCCAUCUUCCGCGCGUACGAAAACUUGUGGCCCGUCAGGGAAUACAUCGCUGAUUAUGCGGCGCACUGCAUCUGCUGCGGUCGUGUUGCGAAGCACAAGAACCAGCAAGGUGUAUGUCCUCACGGCAACGACGACGACGGAGCACCGAAAGGCGACAGUAGCACGGGAGGCGUCGGGCAGAUUGUGGCAUCGGCGGCGGAACAUCAAGAAAGAAUUGAAGAUCUGCCCAUCCAGUCACAACUCAAGGUUGAUGGAGACACGGCGGACCAAAGCAACGCAACGGGCAUGGGGCGAUUGGUACACAACCGAUCCGCGGCACACGAGGUGGUACCUCAAGAAGUGGACGCGGACCUCCUCGUCGAAGAUGCCCCUGUAGUGAAACAAGAAGAAGCCGCCGAGCCUCUUCUCCUCCUGCACGGUUAUAACAGCGAUGUGAUUAAUCUCGUCUCGGACAGCGACGAGGAGCCUGACCCGCCCACCGUCCUUCGAGCGAAAUCGAGUCAAGCUCCGUCCAAGGCAGUAUCAUCCAAGGCAGUCCGCAGGACACCUCUAGCGGAGCGUGUAAGCAGAACGAACAUGCCCACCACUUCGCGGCAACGUUCUGUUCGGCGAAGCGCGCGCCUUAAUCACGCGCGCCCUUACAUAGGCAAACCGCGGAAAGUUUCGACCUUCGAGGGCAAUCACAAAGAUGAGCCCGGUCGCGCAUCGUCGACACCCGCGGAUGCUAUAGGCGCCUUCUUGACGAGCAUUGGUUUGCCUCUCAAUAUACAACCCGUCCUUCACGACCUAGGCAUCAGGGGCAAGGAUCAACUGGACGGGCUUUGCUCAUGGGAGAACGAGGAUCGCGACUCUUGGAUCGACGAGGAAUUGCUGAUCCUCGGGCCUGGCGUGACUGCUGCAAUUAGCCCGUACCAGAUCAAGGUUCUCAAAAUGGCCUUCCGCAAGCGAGGAGAAUAUCUGAAUAUUGAUGCAGACGCGGACUCCUAG